AUGGAUUCGAAGGGAAGAUCAAGAAACUCAUCAGAGACAUGCGUAAAUGAUCAUGAUCUGCAAGAGAGAAGAGUCGGUUGUCUUCCUCCUUCGUACGGACAACUUGUCACGAUCCUUAGCAUCGACGGUGGUGGGAUCCGUGGGAUCAUUCCCGGUACAAUCUUGGCCUACCUCGAAUCACAACUCCAGGAAUUUGAUGGUGAAGAGGCAAGGCUUGUGGACUAUUUCGAUGUCAUCUCAGGGACGAGCACCGGAGGUUUAAUAGCGGCGAUGUUAACCGCGCAAGGCAAAAAGGAUGGAGACGGUGGCCACAGCCUCAGCCGCCACCAUCCUUUGUUUGAGGCCAAAGAUAUCGUCCCUUUUUACCUCAAACAUUCUCCUAAAAUCUUCCCACAAUCUCGAGGGAUGUUUGCUUGGGUUAAAACCAUGGUGACACUUGUAAGAGGACCAAAGUACAACGGGAAAUACCUUCAAAACCUAAUUGAAGGUUUCUUGGGUGACACGAAACUGACCCAAUCUUUGACAAACGUUGUCAUACCUUGCUUCGACAUCAAGAAACUCCAACCAGUCAUCUUCUCUUCUUACCAGGCGGUGAAUCAUCGAGUUAUCGACGCAAAACUAUCGGACAUAUGCAUAAGCACAUCAGCCGCACCAACUUAUUUCCCUGCUCAUCGAUUCACCAACGAAGACAACCAAGGAAAUAAACACGAAUUCAACCUUAUUGAUGGUGGUAUCGCUGCCAAUAACCCGACUUUAUGUGCGAUUGCAGAAGUGACAAAGCAAAUAAUGAAUAAGAACCCAUCAAUGGGAGACAUAAGCCCAUUGGACUAUACAAGGUUUAUCGUGAUAUCGCUUGGGACAGGUUCGAUAAGGAAUCAAGAGAAAUAUGAUGCGAAAAUGGCAUCCAAAUGGGGAUUACUAGGUUGGAUCUUUGAAAACGGCUCGACUCCGAUUCUUGAUUGUUACAGUGAAGGCAUUCACGACAUGGUUGAUUACCAAAGCUCUGUUGUCUUUCAAGCUCUCCGUUCCGAGAAGAAUUAUUUACGUAUCGAAGAUGAUACGUUGAAGGGUGACUUAGGAUCAGUGGACUUAUCGACACAAGAGAACAUGGAAGGUCUUGUUGAAGUUGGUGAAGCUUUAUUGAAGAAAAGAGUUUCUCGUGUCAAUCUUGAAACCGGCCAUUACGAACCCAUCUCUGAUCACGUAACCAAUGAAUUAGCUCUCAAAAGGUUUGCAAAGGCUCUUUCAGACGAAAGGAAACUCAGAGAAUCAAGAUCUCCUAAACCCAAGAUUUGA